ACGUGUACAGGUCCCAGGGCGAGAUAGCCACUCUGACGUCAACAAGAUUCAAAGGCUUCCAGCUGAUGCCUCGCCUUGUGUAACGCAAUAGUGACACCAGCGGCGACCUGAGGCUGUCCUUGUUAUGAAAAUUAGUCUAAAUUAACAGCAAACACAAGAUGGUGCAGUGGGAGGUGCUUGAUGCCGAGGGCGAUGAGGAGACGAGGCAAGCUAAGGACCUGGGCUGCCUCACCUCCCUCUAUGAAGUGGUGAAGCUCACAUACUUCCACCCCAGCGAAGAGGUCACAGGUUUGCCAGUGGUGAGUGCCAGUGCUGCUUAUGGCCAGGUGGCAGUGACACUAGAGCAGACCCUCUUUGCACUAGGGGAGAGCUGCUCAUCUCUUCUUCUGCAGCUGUCUCUGGAGGACCCAGUGAGCCUUGUACUGUGGGUGCCCCAGGGAGACUUUCUUGUUCUAGGUGAUGUGGUGGGCAAGAUACAUUACCUCCAUGUGGCCUCACGCAGACUGCUUAUCUCCAGGCAACUCCCUGUAAAGAAGACCACAGGGAAGGCGUUUGUCGGGGGGCGUUGUAACCAGUCCCUGGAUGGUACCCUGACAGUGUUCCUCAUCACUUCCUGUGGCCAGAUCUUCAGCCUGAAGAACAUAGACAAUGAUGCACUGAGUGAGGGCCUGAGACUGGAGAAUGAAGAUGCUCUCAAGACUGUGGCGGGACAGAUCAGCCUCUCCAUCCACACCCUUGGUCCUAACAAUGCUGAGGUGUCCUCAGUGGGGUAUUAUGACAGUGGGCCUGGGCUGUGGUGCUCAGGGAAGGACGGCCUCACCCUCUGGACCCCGGACAGUCUACAGGACCCCCACCAGCCCCUCCCCUGGACCCUCACCCACCACCCAGCCUGCUCCCGCACCAUACCCCUCUGGAAUGCUAGGUACUUGGUUGUGCUGGGCGAGGAUGGCGCUGUGGCAGUGUUGUGUGGGGCGACGGGCCUCACACAGUGGGAGGCCGGGGACAAGUGGCAGCCGAUCAAGGACAUGAGGCUGCUUCAGGAAGAGGAAGACAGGGCUCAGUUCCUCUUCCUUCUCAACGACCCAGACUCUGAAGGGGACCUACUCAGGGUUGUGUCCUUCCCAGGAUUCAGUGUGGUGUACGAGCUUGCAGUGAGUGAUGGGACGUCACUGAUCAGCCUUGGGGAGGGUGCCGAGUCCAUCAUGUUUCUGGAACCUGAAAUCUCACCAAUCAUGUCUGUCACCAAGAACAUCAAGCUGAAGAGCAUUGUGGAUGGCCUGCCAGAUGCUAGGCUGGCAAAGCUGUUGGUGAAGCGCAAGUUCAAAGAGGCGGAAGAGUUCUGCAACCUCUUCCAGCUGGAUGUGGAGGAGGUUCACAAGGCCCGUGCCCAGCAUCUCUGUGAGCUGCUGAACCCCUGGCACAGCACCAGUAACAUGGCCAGCCUCACCAUGCAUGAUAUGGAGGCAGGCAGCAGCUUGAUGGAGGAGCUUCUUUCAACACUAGAGAAAAUCAACGAUGCCAACUUUGUGACCACCAUGUGUGUUGAGGCACCCAUGACCAACCUGUCCACCACCAAGCGGAUCCUCACCUUCGCCAAGGAGCGCCUGGCCCAGGCCACUCAGUCUGGGGAAGGAGACAAAAUGAGUGAGCUGAUGCAGAGAGUGUGCGAGACCCUGUACUGCCUGCGCACCUUUGAGAUUGUCUUCCCCUCCUCGGACAUCCAGCACUGGCUCACCUUCUCCCACACUGACAUGUUGGAGGAGUGCCUCGAGCAUCUCAGUCAGAGCAACCUGGAAGUGACGUCAACGCUGUGGCACCGGCACCAGUACGAGUUCAGCCAGCACGUGAACGAGGACUGUGUGGCGCAGGUCCUGACGGCAAUCCCCCACAACAUUCCCUCCAAGACGCUCUGCCACUGGCUGCCAAACAACAUCCUGGCAGACCUGGUCAAGUUCUGUCGCAGCUCCCUUGAUCUGAUUGCCUUGUGGGCCGAUGAGCGUGUUAGGAAGCUAGAGAUGCUGGAGAGGGCCCAGUGGCCCACCUGUGGCCUGAACCUUGCCAGCACCAUCAUCACCGUGCUGGAGAACGUCACCUCAGACUUCCUGGCAGAUGGCAGCGCUGAAAGCAGCAUGGUGGGGCAGGUGGCCUUCUCCCCAUCCAUCGCACUCCAGCGGCUGCAGCAGACAGCACGCGCCCUGCAGGACCUCAAGCUGCUGGCCUCCUCCUUCAGGAUCAAGAUAGAGCUGAGCGAGUACAUGCAGGACGACAAGACAGCGGUGGUGGCAGCAUUACUUGACUGUCUAUUGUGUGGAGAGGAUGUGGCUCCCCUGAUCCAAGGUUUUCUGAGGAACUUCUUUGUGCGCCACCAACUGGACCAUGAUGUGACCCUGGCUCGCUAUGUCCUGGACACCCUGGCUGCCUCGGACCAUGACUGGUGGGCCUGGCAGGAGGCGCCUUGGGAGGACAAACUGUAUGCCAUCAUCGACGUCAUGUCUGAUGCGGAGCUACGGGGCGAGUGUCUACUGGAGUGUAUACGAGUAGCACCUGUGCCAUGGAGUGAGGGCACACAGGCCGCCUGUGAGCUGGGCCUGUCCCUCAACGCCUCCGUGACCAGCCAGCUCGAGAACCAGAAGAGCAUGGUGGGCCUCAAGCUGGUGCUGCGCCGCUACGCCCUCCACAUGAUGAACGUGGAUGACCCCAGGAACGCUAAGAUGAUCCUGAAGAAGAUAGUGUCGCACAACGAGGCGUCGGUGAUGGCUGAUGCGCUGUGUGUCAUCAACACGUACAGGCACCUCAGGGAAGCAGACGCCUACUUUUACCGCGCUCUGCACCUGCUCUCCACCAGAAACAUUACUGGUCUUAAAGAGUUCUUGUUGGAGAUGGAUGACAACCUUCAGAAGAAGAUUUGCCAGCAGCUGAUCACAUACAUGACCCAGGCUCUGCUGCUGCCAUGCAAGGAGAAGGGGAAGGGCCUCCACCUGGCUGUGACGGAGGGUCUCAUCACCCUAGAGGUCUUGCUGAAGAAAUGGGCUCCACCAGCCAGCCCUGCCGGGGGAACGGACUUAUUUGCCACUGCCUACAACCUCCAUUCCUUGCAGACACACUACGGCCUGUACCCCACCCUGCGGGAGAUGGAGGACAAGGCAGCCCGCAAGACUCUCCUGCAAGACCACGUUACUGGCUGGUACAAAGAAAAUGUUUAUGACUUUGAUAUCAAGAAUCAACUGAAGCCCGAGGAUAAUGAAGAUGAGAUCUGGAAACGGAAGAGCUUGAUAAAUGUUCCUGUCCCUCCCACUGCUACCACAACCCCCUCCCCCUCCAAGAAGGGUGGAAAUGUUUGGAUGGGCAUGAGCCGCCUCCACUGGUUAGCCUCCCUCCUAGGGGUGCCCAGGGCUGACCUCCUUUCCCACCUCGCUUUGCUUGCCUCUAAGAGCAGUCGGCUGGAGGAGGCCAUCCAGCUCUGCCAGGAGUUGUUGGCAGAGCCCAGCAUGGACGAGUGCAGUGGUGCAGUGUAUGAGGUGGUGAGGCUGGCAGUGGACCAGCUGAGCCAUGUCUUCUCCCACCAAUAUGCAGCAGAGGUGUCAUGCCUCAGUUCCACAGCUCUGCAGGAGAAAGAGUCUGCCAUAAAGUCACAUGCAAAUCUAAUCAGCAUUGUCCAUGAGCUGGUGAGCACUGCCAUGCUGUCAGUACACCCAGACUUACUGCCCCCACUGCUUGAUCUGGACAGCUGGUGCUGGGUGGGGCAAACCCUGUACUCUCAGUGCCAUGUGGAGGAUGUGUACACCCACAGCAGGAACACGGAAAGCAGUAACCCCUACACCACCUGGAAGUUCAGUCCAUUGUUCUUCGAUGCCAGCAUCCCAAUCGAGAACCACCUGGUGCUGUCCCUCAUCACCCAGGCCUUGGAGGGCUGUCUCAAGUCCCGCAACACUAUUGAAUCCACCCACUUUAUCCCUUACCUGGAAAGCUCAAAAACCACAGCUGGGCUGGAGGAGGGUUCUGGCCUCACAGGCAGCUUGCAAGACCUUAUGAGUCACCUGCAUGAGCGAGGGCAGGAUUUGCUUGCUCUCCUGUUGCCUCUGAAGGUGCUGCAGCGACAGCCACAGUACACCCCAACAGGAUGGUCACCAACCUGGAAACAAGUGUUCACCAUCCUCCUGAAGGUUCUCAGUGUGGCUAGUCCAGACGUCACACUGGCAGUCAGCCUUCUGCUGCUAUUGCCUAAGAGGGAUGCCCUCAGGGUGACAAAUGAGCUGAUUAAGAGGUUUGGAUUUGACUAUGUCAAGUUGAUGUCUAUUGCUGCUUUGGGAAGAGACUAUUGUUCUCUGUUUCAAGUCACAGAAGUGAAAGAGCAGUUUGAAGUGUUGUUGAUGAGAGCCCAGUGGGGAAAACGCCUGACAGAUAUGAACGUAUCCUUCAAGGAGGCCUUCAGAGGCGACAAAGUGGCUCUCCGGGCAGUAGUCAGCCAGCUAGUCUCUCACCCAGACUGCAACUUCACCUUGCUGUAUGAGUACUGUGAAGACUUUGGCCUCGACGUGACAGACUCUCUGCUGUGCUACCUGCAGACCACACUCCAGUCAUGGUCGCCAGCUGUUCCCACCAAGGAGCCUGCACCUGGCGAGGUGGUGCUGGUGGAACCUCCACAUGCCGUGCUGUCCAAGUGUCAGGCCAUAAUUGCUGAGAUGAAGAGCAAGUCCCUCCUCUACAAGAUGCUGUUGUCAGAGCUGGACCAGCUCAGUUCCUACAAUUAUGAAAUGAUACAACUUGUGCUCCAGCAGCUCAUUGCCCUGGAGGACAUAGGCAAGGAAAUGGAGCUGCACCAGAGAGGAUUGGAUGUGAUAAGCUUCCUGAAGGUGUAUGUCCGUCAUGCUCCACCCGGCAACACCGAGGUAGACGAGUGGAUAACCAGCCACCCACAGAGCCUGGGGCCGCCAGACAUUUCCAAGCAUCGGCUGCCCUUCCAUGAGUUUUACAAUCAAUCCCAGACUGUCAUGAAGAUCAUAGAGGCAGAGCUCAACAUUUCCACAGUAGACAUCUGGGUUCAGGCUUCACACAUUCUAAAGCUCAAUGCGGACCACAUGUGUCUCCAGGCUGUGCGCAAUACUGUCUCCAAGACCUUAGAGCUGGAGGGUUCUGCUGCCAGGCCAAGGUCUACCUCCAUCCCAGAGUCAGCUGCAUCCACACCACCAUCACAGUGGAGGCUGUGCAGCAGCCACAGCACCGUCUUGGCCCAAGUGAACUCAAUUAUCUGCAAGAUGCAGGAUUAUGAGUUGUCUGCAGCUUGUGCCAACUGGGUGGUGAACCGACUUCCCCCCGGGGCUGACAGGGUAAUGGCCGCUGAGAAGAGCUGUCUGCUGGUGCAGCUGUGGAAAGAGAAGACCUCGGACCCCAACGCUGCAAAUGCUUUGGCCAAAAUGGAGAUGCGCUACCAACAGUUGGCCAGUGAGCACUCCUUGCAUAAACAUGGGCUGGCUGAGCCCCAGUACCUGGCUUUGACCCGUACCCCGGUUGACCUGGUCUCUGCUUUGUAUCAGCACCCAGCUCUCAACUCUCUCUCCUCCCUCUGCACCCACAACAUGCCAGACAUCCAUGCCUGUGUCUCGGAGAUCUGCUCCAUAGCUGAGCUGAAGCAGGGAGCCAUCCAGCUUGACCUGCUGGAGAAGUGGCUGCCACCCCCUGAGGCUAGCACAGGGGGGGCAAUGCUGGAUGAGACCAUCACGAACUUCAAGGUGACACUGGACCCCACGGAUAAUGGUGAGGCUGAGGACGCCUCCUCCAACACCUCCCUCUCCAGGGUCAUAUAUCUGCUGAGGGGCUGCCCUCAAGAGCAGGCUGUGAGCUACCUGCUGAACCGAGCACUGAGUGAGGACGCCAGCGUGUCCGCGUCCCAUCGUCUGCGUGCCCUGCGCUGCCUCCUGGCCAUUGGUGAUGAGGCAGUCAUUCAGAAGCAGUACCAACAAGGGGUGGACAGCCUCAGGAGUCUCCUGAAAUCUGUGAUGUAUGUGAGUCGCUUGGAAGCCCUGGGCCACACCAGCAGUGUGCAGCAGUUCAGCAGCAUGGACAAGAGUGCCCUGGUAGAGGGACUGUGGCGCUCCCAGAGACACAACCCCAAGGCUCUUUGCCUCAUCACAGAUAUCUGCCACGACUAUAAUGUGACGGCUGCCUCACUCUGGGGGGCUCUGCUCAUGCAGCUCACACGCUUCGUUAAGAGUGGCCAGGUGGAGAUGUCAAUGGUGGAGAGAGUGUUGCUGCAGCUGAAGACAGUGCCUCACCUGCGGGUGGUGCCGGCCCUCACGACUGCCUGGGUCACCCUCAUCACUCACCCAUUCAUCAAAGCGGUGAGCCCGGUGAGUGAGGCGAGUCUUGCCUCCUGUGUGCACAGCGUGGACCUGCUUCUGCGGCACUGCCCUGUAGUGGUGCCCAUAGCACCCCUUCUUCAGUACUGUUCUGCCCUGAACCUGCCAGUGCUGGCACUGGUCAUUGCUGCAGCUGAUCAGGAGGAAUCCCAUGACCUGCAGAGCAUGGCUGCAGCAGCUGACACCAACACCCUCAAGACCUCCUACCUCAAACUAAAACUGCAGUUUGCUUUCCCGAGACACGUUGAGGAACUGUUGGAGUCCCUUGAGUAGCAAGCGGUGGAGAGGAAGAGGAAGAGAGGGACACCCUGUCCCUCACCAGCAGAUGGAGGACACAAAGCUUCACAACAUCUCUUCAGCAGCAACAGCUCUUCCAUAUUUCACCAUAGCUGCUGCCAUGCCAUCAGUACCAGGUGCCUUUCAUACCUUCAGCUUCUUUAUUGCCUACACUAUUUCACCCCUCUCAGUGUAGUCUUGUGGGUAUGCCUGCCCUUUAUUAAUCUUCCAUACUGAUCACUUCUGCUCUCCCCCUUCCUCUCAUCCAUCACAAAUUCACAGAUAUGUAUAGUUUACCAGUAAUUUGUAAUGUCGUUGUGCAAGCUACAUCCUUCCAUCACUGUCCUUUAUAUUUACCUGUUGUAUGUUAGUUAUCAAGUAAUUUUGUACUAGUAAUAUAUAUCAUGCAUUUGGAGGUCACAUUUUUAUUUAUUUAUUUUUUAUUUUUUUAUUUUUGUAUUUUUGUGAGGAGUAAGCUUUAACCCCUCAAGCCUUUUAUUUUCUCUCAGCCCCUGAAUGCCUGUGUUUACCAGCCAUGAUAGCACAGGUGCUUGUAUGAAGGUCGGUCAGUGAAGUUUUAUUGUGGUUGAGAGGAAUUAUUUGAAAUUACAACCACAGAUUCUGUUGCUCCUGUGUUAAAAGAAAAUCAGCCAAUCCUGAUACUCAGUAAAAUAGUUCUACCGAG